AUGAAGAUCUUUGCGGGUCUCCUUGUGCUCUGUAUAAUGGCCCAUGUCUGCAGCAGUGCAAGUGUUUCAAGAGGACUAGCAAAGCAUACUGUAACAGAAGUUACCAGUCCACCUUCAACAAAGGUGGACUGCAGCGUUUAUAAGAAGUACCCCGUGAUGGCUAUCCCUUGCCCCAUCACAUACCUGCCUGUUUGCGGUUCUGAUUAUAUUACCUAUGGGAAUGAAUGCCAUCUUUGUUCUGAGAGCUUGAAAAGCAAUGGGAAAAUUCAGUUUCUUCAUGAUGGACACUGCUAA